CUCAGGAACGCCUAACUUGUGGACACGGAAGUACGAGAACAUUUUGGCGAGUAGAAUUUUUUUAAAUCACGAAUGGAUAACGAACAAUAUAUAUCAAAUCGUCAAAAUUUAAGGACAGCUUCAAGGUAGCUCAAAAGACAUAACCAGACAGACAACGUUUAAGUCGGUUACAAAUUUCCCUUCUCCAGCGUGCCAAAAUGAAUGGCUGAAUUAAAACAGAAGAAGGAAUUUUUCCCUCCAUAGAACGCAGUUCGCAAGGCCAUCAUUAUUUGGAGACCAAUAUAAAUAAAACCAAAAUGUCUCACAAAGAACUAAAGGAGGCGUUUGUCAGCAACCUGAAUGGGACAAGCCUUGGUGAGGUCUCGCUGGGUUCUGUCCUUGCACCUCUAUGUUUGAUAAGCCGAGGACUGAUUCUGGUUCUUUAUUUCCUUGGUAAGGGUGUGCUUCCAUUUACUUGGAAGAUCCAUCUUCUUUUUGACUUCACCAUUUUGAUACUGCCACUUGUCCUGUCUUGUACAAUACUUAGUCACUCCCUCCAUGUGGUAAUUCUGAGCCUGGCAGCCAUAAACACAAUUUUACUGUUCAGUGUUUACCACAGAAAAAAGCACAGCACAGGCGCACACUUAAAGGAUGUGUUUCAGAACUUUUUGCAGAUGCACCUGGAAACCAAAUGCAUCCCCUUUGUAACUCUCUUCCGAGUGCUUGUCAAUGUAAAGACCUCCAUUAGCAUUCUUGCUGUGGACUUCAGUGUGUUUCCAAGACGUUAUGCAAAAGCUGAAACCUAUGGUACCGGGGUUAUGGACUUUGGUGUUGGAGCCUACAUCUUGGCUAACGCACUAGUUUGUCCCGAAGCACGAAGAAAGGAAUCAUCUGUGUCCAAGAUCAGCUAUGUGACUAAGCAGCUGUUGUCUGUUUGGCCCCUAGUUUUACUUGGAAUGGUAAGACUGAUCAGUCUCAAAUUAACAGGCUACCAUGAGCAUGUAACAGAAUAUGGGGUGCACUGGAAUUUCUUUUUUACUCUGGCUAUAGUCAGAGUGGUUUCUUCUGUAUUUAUGGCCUUGUUUCCUGUCAAUUGGUCAUGGGUUUUGGCUCUUAUUAUCAGUGGGCUUUACCAGACCACUCUUGAGAUGACUGAACUCAAGUCGUUCAUUAUACAUAAUGGUGACAGAACGGGAGGAUUUUUAAAUGCCAACAAAGAAGGGGUGUUUUCAGUCAUAGGCUACAUAGCCAUUUACAUGGCUGGGGUCCAGGUGGGACUUUAUGUUAUGCAAUCAAGAACACUGGUUAAAGACUGGAUCAAAGCAAUAUGUAAUCUAUUGUUGGGGAGUUUUGGAUUGUUUGCAAUCUUGUAUGUUUGCCAGAAUUUUAUAGAACCAGUUUCUCGCAGGAUGGCAAACCUUUCCUUUUGUGUUUGGACUGUUGCCCAGUCUCUAUUUUUCUUAUCUUGCUUAGGCAUUGCUGAUGUUGUAUUGGUCUUUUCCAAAUCACUAGUCAACUGUACCCUGAUAUCUUCAUCAUGGAAUCCUAUUCAAAAUGCCAAGCCUGAAACCUUAUCAGCAGAGAAAAUGAAAAACAAAAUGGAGGGCUUCUGUCUCAUCCAGGCUGUAAACAGAAAUCAGCUAUUGUUUUUUCUCUUGGCAAAUAUUUUGACUGGUUUGACUAAUGUCAUAGUUGACACGGUCAGUUGUGAUGAUUUACACUCUGUAUGUGUGCUCUUGUGUUACAUGUUUAUGAAUUGUUUUAUCCUAUUCAUCUUGCAUCUCAAAGAAAUAACAGCAAAGUUCUGGUAAUUCAGUACAUGUUUACUAGAUCAGAACAUGAACAGAAGGCACGCUCAAUUAGUUGCAUGUUAUUUAAACAUCAAAAUAUUGGGAACCAGAAAUAAAACAACAGUAUCUAGCAAUAUUUAACAAGGUUCUGAAAUGUUAUUUUGGGGGAUAAAUAUAAUUUCGGUUGUACCAUAAAUGUUCCAUGAAACUAAAUAUUGAUAAUAAAUCAUUUACUCAGAAAAAAA